UCGGAGUCAGCCCCGCCGGGUCGCGCGCCGUGCCGGGGAGCCGGAAUUGAGCCGGGUGGGGUGGUGACUCCGGAGAACGCAGGAUCCCAAGGAGACAGAGAGGACGAGAGCUGGAGGGGGAUCCGGAGAGCGGCGGAGGCGCUCCGAGAAGGGUGGAGUAGGACAUAGCGGGCACACCUGGAGGGGAGACGGGCGGGGGUGGCCAGGACCUGAGCUGGAGCCUGGGAGCCCCGGAGGCCAGGCAGGGCAUCAUCCCUGAGGAGUACGUGCUGACACGCCUGGCGGAGGACCCUGCCGAGCCCAGCUGGCUGCUCUUCGCCAUGGUGUGGUGGCUCAUCGCCUUCGCCCACGGCGACCUGGCCCCCAACGAGGGCACUGCUGAGCCCUGUGUCACCAGCAUCCACUCCUUUUCAUCUGCCUUCCUUUUCUCCAUUGAGGUCCAAGUGACUAUUGGCUUUGGCGGGCGCAUGGUGACUGAGGAGUGCCCACUGGCCAUCCUGAUCCUCAUCGUGCAGAACAUCGUGGGGCUCAUGAUCAACGCCAUCAUGCUUGGCUGCAUCUUCAUGAAGACUGCCCAGGCCCACCGCAGGGCCGAGACCCUCAUCUUCAGCAAGCACGCGGUGAUCGCCCUGCGCCACGGCCGCCUCUGCUUCAUGCUGCGUGUGGGCGACCUCCGCAAGAGCAUGAUCAUCAGCGCCACCAUCCACAUGCAGGUGGUGCGCAAGACCACCAGCCCCGAGGGCGAGGUGGUGCCCCUCCACCAGGUGGACAUCCCCAUGGAGAACGGUGUGGGUGGCAACAGCAUCUUCCUGGUGGCCCCGCUGAUCAUCUACCACGUCAUCGAUGCCAACAGCCCACUCUAUGACCUGGCACCCAGCGACCUGCACCACCACCAGGACCUCGAGAUCAUCGUCAUCCUGGAAGGCGUGGUGGAAACCACGGGCAUCACCACCCAGGCCCGCACCUCCUACCUGGCCGAUGAGAUCCUGUGGGGCCAGCGCUUUGUCCCCAUUGUAGCUGAGGAGGACGGACGUUACUCUGUGGACUACUCCAAGUUUGGCAACACCAUCAAAGUGCCCACUCCACUCUGCACGGCCCGCCAGCUUGAUGAGGACCACAGCCUACUGGAAGCUCUGACCCUCGCCUCAGCCCGCGGGCCCUUGCGCAAGCGUAGCGUGGCCAUGGCCAAGGCCAAGCCCAAGUUCAGCAUCUCUCCGGAUUCUCUGUCCUGAGCCAUGGUCUCUCCGCUCCCCCCACACGCGUGCGUACACACAGACCGUGUGGUAUGGUAUGUAGCCCAGCCAGGGCCUGGUGUGAGGCUGGGCCAGCCUCAGCUCAGCCUCCCCCUGCUGCUCAUCCAGGGUGUUACAAGGCACUUGUCACUAUGCUAUUUCUGGCCUCAGCAGGAACCUGUACUGGGUUAUUUUUGUCCUUGCUCCUCCCAACCCAAUUCAGGAUUGCCUCACCCCUCUCCCCUGCCCAAGGCUGCAGAGGCUGUGGGAGGUGCUGGGCCCUAAAGCUGUGUGUCCAGCCAGUCCUAGCUCCCCACGAUUGACCAGCCACACACUGGGCAGGUGGCUAGGGAAGAACAAUCCCCUGAGGGCUGCUGCUUUGCUUCUUUGGCUUCAAGAAAUGCCUGUGGUCAGGCCCCAGCUCUCCUUGGUCCCUGAAAAAGCACCCGGCUAAGGGUUGGGCCUGGCCAGCAGUUGAUGAGAGUGUGUUCCCACUGGAGGAUUGGUGCUGUGAAGCCUACACCGACAGGGACAGCCUGGGGCUGACGGGGCUCCCCUCCGAGGGCCAGUUUCAGGGCUGGAAGGGGAGGAAGCAUGGGAAGGUGACCUGAGGAGGCUUGGUUUUGCAGAGCCCCGCUCAGGCACAGGGAGGAGGAGAUGCCAGUGCUCCUGCCUUUUGCCACAUCGGCCUCCUGCAAUGAGGGCUCUGUGGGCUGGGGCUACUGCCCCUGCCUACUUCCCACCUGUCCCCAGAGGCUGAGGAGAGGGUGUCCUGUGCCCACCACACAUGAUUAGGCCUCAGGCCCAACUCUGGUCCUGGCUGUACGACAGUGGCUGCCACUCACUUUGUCCACAGGGUGGCUUGGGGUUGGGUGUCUUUGGGUUGCUGGAAAAGGUGUGGGAAGGUUCAGGAUGGUGGGAGGGAGUGAGGUCCCUGAGGUGAAGAGGCCCUUGGUCCUAACGGGUUUGACCCGCGCCUGGACCCUUGGAGCAGUGUUGUGUGAACUUGCUUAGGACUCUGCCUUCUCCGUUGUCAAUAAAGCCUCCCCCUCAUGACCUAAACUCUGGGCUUUUCUUGCUGGGGAGCAGCAAGCAUGCUGGUGGGAAGGGAGGCAGGGACUGGCAGCUGCCACCCCCUUCAAGAGGCGCCACAGACCCUAGCACGGAGGCCAGGGGAGGGAUGGAAGGCUGGCACCUCUUCCCCCAGCUCAGGGGGACUUUCCCCCUCCUGCCUCAGGUGGCCCAGCCCUGUCAGCCUGUCUGGCCAACUCAGCCUUUGGGCACUCACUAGGCUCUGCAGCCCUGGACUCUGUCUCUACUCCCAGGGACCUGCUGGAAGGGUGGAGUGCCCAGGGAGAGGGGUAGAGGUGUCAUAGGCAUUAGUGUAGUAAUUGGAGCCCUCUCGAGACAACUGCCUGGGUUUGAAUUCUGGCUCUAGCUGUAUGACUUUUGUCAAGUAACAACCUCUCUGUGUCUCAGUUGCCUCAUCUAUAACAUGGAUGCUAAUAGUACCUACCUCAUAGAAUUGUUUUGGGAGUAAACGAAAAACAUGUAAAAUGCUGAAGUGCCUGGUCUACAGUAAGUGCUCAAUAAAUGUUAACUAUUGUGAUUGCUGCUGAAUCAGCUACAUGAUGAGAAAACUGGCCAAACAAGUG